UGUCAUCUCACACGAAACCCAUCAUCUUUCACUCAUUUUUUUCUUUUUCCACCGAUGGGCACGAGUGUCUAGGAUAAUUUACGUGAAAUUCAACCAAUUUGCUUCCUGAUGUAGUCCAAGACAAAUCGGAGAUUAAAAAAUUUAUUAAUUAUUGAAACGGACGAUGAGAUUGAGCAUUGUGCUCGAGAGAGGGAUCAAACAAAACGAUGUAAUAAUUAUGUUAUACCGAAAAUUACAAUAUCUCUAAAACGGAGGAGACACCGAAGUCAAUCCCUACUCAAUUUUGUGGGGAAGACUACCGUGGCUUCCACCGUUUACACAAAACCACAUAAAUCCGCAAACCGCCGCUUCACAAAACCAACCACCUUAAAAUACAAUAUCCAGAGAGAGAGAGAGAGAGAGAGAGAUGGGGGUGGUGAUAAUUGACGGCUCGACGGUGCGAGAUUUCGUGAGCAACGAAGAGCACUUCAACAAGAGCGUCGACGAGAAGUUCUCGUCGAUCGACCUCAACCGCGACGGCGUCCUGUCCCGAUCCGAGCUGCGCAAGGCGUUCGAGUCCUUCCGGCUCCUCGAGACGCACUUCGGCGUCGACGUGGCGACUGCGCCGGAGGAGCUUGGGCGGCUCUACGACUCCAUCUUCGAGAAGUUCGACUGCGACGGGAGCGAGUCCGUCGACCUGGAGGAGUUCCGGUCGGAGAUGAGGAAGAUCAUGCUCGCGAUCGCGGACGGGCUCGGGUCGGCGCCGAUCCAGAUGGCUCUCGAAGAAGACGACGAGAGCUUGCUCAAACAGGCUGCGGAUCUGGAGGCUUCGAAGAAUCAGUGAGCUCGAUGUUCCAUAUAUCUUCUCCACCGCACAUUCGUAUGGGCUCUACCACUCCAAUAAUGUUUGCGACUCUAUAUCAUGUGUGUGUUUGUAAAAUCACUGAAUUGUGUCUUUGUUUGUUUGAUCCGACUGUUGUUAUGUGGUCUGGUCUACGUGAUGGAAUAAGUGGCUUACCGUUUGUAAUAAGGUGUAAUUGGUUGGCGCCUAAAACUUUGAUUGAAUUAUCUCUAGUAUUAAUGUGGUGUUCGAGAAA